AACGUCAACAUACCUGUCUCCCUUUACUGUCAGUUACGAUGAUGUUAUCUGAAAGUUCGCAGCAGCUGUUUGAUAUCACCAGCAAGAGGGCUAUCGAGCUUUACAAUCGUGUCUUGGGAUCGCCGUCGAAGAAGCAGAACACAACGUAUAUUGUCGGUGCUGUCACAGCUUUUGUCUUAUACAGAUUUUACACCGCCAUCGCCCUUCCUCCUAAAGCAUUGCGACGCCUGCCUUAUGUUAACAACUUUAGAGUGAUUUGGUCAACACUUCGAGGUGAUACGCCAUGGGUUCAGUUCAAGAAGCUUUAUGCCCCUGCUCUUGCGAAAUCAAACGAAUCCGGCAUGUACGUGCGCCGCGGUCGUGUAGGCUGGUGCGUUUAUGUAGAGAAUCCUGCCCUUAUCAAGAAGGUGUUGCUCAAAGGAGAGCUUUUUCCAAGAGCCGAGCAUUCCUUUGGAGAAGGCGACACUUUACUUAAUGGUAUGAUCCGUCACCCGUCCAUCCUGACUGAACCAGGUGCAAAAUGGAAAAAACAUCGCAAGGCAUCCAGCCCAGCAUUCCAUCGCGCUAUGCCCGUCAAAAUCUUUGGUCAUUUAGUACAGAACUUGUUUGUCGAGAUUGAGAAGGAUGUCAACGAUGUUGAAAUCUCUGGUUUGUUGGAACGAUUUGGCUUCGAUGCUAUUACCUCAGCAGGAUUUGAAUACAAUGCAAAUGCCAUUGGUGAUAAAAACAGCGACUGGGUCAAGCUAUAUACGGACUUGAAGGAUGGAGCUUUUCAUCCUCUUUACUUCCUGAUCCCUGCUUUUGACACCAAAUACCGCCAUUUCUUCCCCAGUCGUGUUCAACUUCAUCAGGAUCUGAAGCGCUUCAUUGGUAAAAUUGAGGAUAUCAUAGUCGACAAGCGCGCCCAAUUGGCCAACAAUCGAUCCCAAGUGGAUGAAGCUGAGAAGGAUCUCUGUACUUUGAUGUUGGAAUCGGAAGCCGAUGGUGAAGGUGGCUCCUUAUCCAACGAAGAGUUAUUGAAUGAUUUGAUUGCUUUCAUUCUUGCUGGUCACGACACCACUGCCAAUGCGUUGAGUUCGGCAUUCUAUUACCUUGCAAAGGACAAGGCGAUCCAACAAAAACUUCGAGCUGAGGCUAUUGAAUACUUGGGUGAUGAACCCCAUGAUGUUAUUCCUACUGUUGAACAGUCCAAAGCAAUGCCUUAUCUCAACAUGGUCAUUCGAGAGACCCUUCGUAUUGCUGGCCCUGCUGUUUGGACUUCUCCCCGUACAAUUUCUGAGGACACUGAACUUGGAGACUACGUUCUUCCCAAAGGAACGCAUGUUAUUGUUGACAUUAUCGCUCUUCAGCAUGACGCAGAUUUAUGGCCCGAGCCAUACAAGUUUGAUCCUGAACGCUUUUCAGCAGCGAACAAGUCUUCAAAGACAAGCAACUCGUGGUUACCUUUUGGUGGUGGUCAACAUCAGUGCGCAGGCAUGAACAUGAGUUUGGCUGAACAGCGAGUGCUUCUCAGUAUGAUGGUACGCAAAUAUGAAUGGGAACUUGCACCGGGAUCAUCGCAUCAAAACGAUAUUGUCAUGAGUGGUAUGGAUAUCAUUGGUCCCAAAAACCUUAAUCUUACGUUUAAGAAAAGAUAUUAGUCAGUAAAAGAUGGGUAAAGUAGACCAUGUUAAAUUCGUGCACCCUUUGCCGUUAGAUAACACAGCUGCAAAAUUUAGCUGAAACCAUUAAAACAACAAAAAAUGAUAGUUUUCUAUCACUACCAUACCCAC